AUGCUUGCAGGCUGGGCCUUGCCGGGCACUGCAGGCUGCCGCCGCCUUCUGGCGACGGCUCUAGCUGCGGGGCUGCGGCCGCUGCUCUGCGGGCUGCCGCUGUGUUUCGUGACAGCGAGGCGGGCGGCGGGGCAGUGGCCGAGCCCGGGCCUACAGGUGCCGGAGGCGGCGGAGGCGGAAUGGCUGGUGCAGCAGGUGCAUGGGACUGCGGUGUCGCUCCGCCGCUUCAUCGCCUGCCCGCGACUGGCGUGCACCGUGCAGCGUUGCCUGCAGGGCGGCGCCAGUCCCGGCCCCCAGCCCGUCUUGCUCGAGUGCGCACCAGGUCCUGGAAUCUUGACUCGGACUCUGCUCAAUGCAGGUGUUAGAGUGGUAGCUCUAGAAAGUAACUCAGCUUUUCUUCCAAACUUGCAGUCCCUAGAGAAUAGCCUGGAUGGACAAUUAAAGGUAAUUUAUGGUGACUUCUUCAGACUGGAUCCUUUGGGGACUGGAACAGUGAAACCACCUGCUAUGUGUUCUGACAAGCUUUUUGAAACCAUGGGUGUAGCAGCAGUUCCUUGGAUGGCAGAUGUACCUGUGAAAGUUUUUGGAAUCUUACCACACAGAAAGGAAAGGAACACACUUUGGAGGCUCCUUUUUGCCCUUUAUGAAUGCAGUUCCAUAUACAGAUAUGGAAGAAUAGAACUCAACUUCUUUAUAAGUGAAAAAGAGUACAAGGUAUUAACUGCAAAGCCUGAGGGUACAAAGGCUUACCAAGCACUUACUGUGCUUUGGCAAGUAGGAUGUGAAAUUCAACUACUGCAUAUGGAACCCUGGUCAUCAUUUGCAACUAAUUUGAAAAAUGGGGGACUGGCAGUACCAAAAACCAUGUGGCUGCCAAAUGACCAUUUAUGUUUGGUACGACUGACUCCUCAACAAGAUCUGUUCACAGGAGGCUUGAAGCCCACAAAUUCACUUGCCUUUGUUUUCAUGGUGAAACAGUGUCUUGCUAAACCUAAGUCUAGACUUAUUGAUAGACUAAAUUCAUGGAGCUUGCACAAGGGUGGCAAAUUGCUGAAAGAGCUAGAAAUUCCAAAAAAUGCUAAAACACGUGACUUGUACCCAGAAGACUACAGGCGUCUUUUUGAGGCUUUGCAAACCUCUCAUCUGUUCGCUGAAACCUGGUUCCAUGAUGAAGCCUUGGAAAGUAUAAGGAACGUAUAAAUCUACAGCUGCUGUCUUUUGGAAGAGCACCUUUGCUUCUGGAAGAUUUCUUUGAUAAGUAAUGAUUUAAAAAUGGGAGAUGCUGUUAGCUAGGUGAUUUCCUGUCCAAAUGGGAAAUUAAAUUUAGUGAGUAACAAAAGCCGUUUUACACAAAAUGAAAGUAACGGAUUCAGUUAUUUGAUCACAACCCUAUGUAGAUUAGACAAACUUUGCAUCUUUUCCAGGAGCUUAUUAGCAACCUGCUGCUUUUGGAUGUACCACUUAAAUGGAACUUUUUGUUACAUGGCUGUAUAUUUAAAUUUGAAAAAAAAAAACCCAACAGACCAAAUAUCACUAUUUGUGUGGUUUGUAUUUUGGUGCUCAGUGAUUUGAAUGCCUUUUUACAUAUGUAGGUCUUUACAACCACUGCAUGGGUUAUAUUGUCUCCUGAUCUAAAAACCUUGCAGUCUGAAGUCAGUACGAAUAAAUCAGUAGUGGUGGGUUAGCAGAAGAUAAGGUAAUGACAGCAUGAUAAAACACCAACUCGGAGCUGUUUGGUGGUUGUGUUCUUUCUGUUUGCUUGGUUUGGUUUAACUGAGUAUUACUGUAUCUCAGGGGGGAAAAAGUUGUAACAAUCCUUUUGAAAAUUUGAAGACAACACUGGGCAGCCUGUUCUAGCUUACAGUACAUGAACAUCUAUAGGUACAGCUUUAUCUUAUUUUAGGUCUAAGCCCAAAGUCAACAGAAUAUUCAAUGCUGUAUAAAUAUUUUUUUGGGAAAAAAAAUUUACCUGUAACCUUUGUCAAUAUGUAUUUGUUUAAUGUGUAUUAUAUGUACAAAAUAACUUACUUU